GGCAUCAUCAGAAUGAAGGAGAGCCUCGACGACGCGGGCGUGAAAGUCGUGAAGAAGAACGGCAUCGCCGCUGAGCCGCAGACCGUCGGCACGGCCAAGCAGAGGAUCGAUGAGGCCGUGAGCGUUGUCGUGGACCUGGAGGCCCAGCUGGCGGAGGCCAACGCUAC